AUGGCCCAGUACGUGCAGCUCCACGACUUCAAUCAGAAGCAGGAAGAAGACGACGACUACAACCCUCGUCUUGGAGGAACCACCCCCGGGAUUGGUCACUCCUCAGCAGCCGGCGCCUACCAACCACACACCCCAUACCAGCAGCACACACCCAUGCCCCAACACCACCAAUUAUACCCCGGUGCCGCCGACACUCUUCUCCCUGGAGGCGCAACCCCUCACCUGUCAGGCGUCCAGACACCCUUCUUGCAACCCCGUUACGUCGGCGAAGUCCCCGAGCGUCAAGAACGUCGGUACAAGACCAAAAAAAAUGUCCAGCUCACUGACGGAAACUUGGUCUUGAUGUCCCCUGUGCCUACGCAUUACUUGCAACACCAGAAGCAACAGGAGGGGGAAGAAUGGGAGUUUAUGAGAUAUACGGCUGUUACGUGUGAUCCGGAUGACUUCAAGAAUGAGAAUUACACGUUGAGGCCGACGAUGUGGAACAGAGAGACGGAACUUUUUAUCGUCGUUACAAUGUACAACGAGGAUGAAAUUCUUUUUGCAGAGACGAUGCACGGGAUUAUCAGAAAUAUUCGCCACCUCGUCUCAAGAACCAACUCCAAGACCUGGGGCGAGGGAGCAUGGGAGAAGGUCGUCGUCUGUAUUGUUGCAGAUGGACGCAAGAAAUGUAACGAAAAGGUCUAUCAGUACCUGGCGGCCAUGGGUGUCUAUCAGGAGGGUAUUGCCAAGCGUGAAGUCAACGGCAAGCCGGUCACCGCUCACAUCUACGAGUACACGACGCAGGUGACGAUCGACCCGUCGAUGAAGAUUACCCCGUCAAAGGCGAGCGACUAUGCGCCAGUCCAGAUCAUGUUCUGUCUUAAGGAACAAAACGCCAAAAAACUCAACUCUCACCGCUGGUUCUUCAACGCCUUCGGACCCAUCAUCAAUCCCCGCGUUUGUAUCUUGCUGGAUGUUGGAACACGACCAGGACCCACCUCAAUCUACCAGCUCUGGAAGGUCUUUGAUCUCAACUCUAAUGUCGCUGGUGCCUGCGGUGAGAUCAAACCCGUCAAGGGCACCGGUGCCAAGAAUCUGCUGAACCCUCUCGUCGCCGCCCAGAACUUUGAGUACAAGAUGAACAAUAUUCUGGACAAGCCCUUGGAGUCAGUCAUUGGAUAUAUUCAGGUGCUUCCUGGUGCGUUCUCGGCAUACAGAUACAAGGCGCUGUUGACCUCGCCCGAGACGCCUAACGAGGGACCUUUGGUCAGCUAUUUCAAGGGAGAGAAGCCUACGGCAGACUCGGGCAUUUUCGACGCCAACAUGUACCUCGCAGAGGAUCGUAUUCUUUGUUUCGAGCUGGUGGCCAAGAGGGGCUAUGCCUGGACGCUCCGAUAUGUCAAGUCAGCCUGGGCCGAAACAGAUGUACCCGACACGGUUCCUGAGCUGAUCAGUCAGCGUCGUCGUUGGUUGAACGGAACCUUUUUUGUGGCGCUGUUCUCUGUCUUCCAUUUCCGCAAGGUCUACCUGAGUGAUCAUGCUGGCUGGAGAAAGUUCCUCUUCCACAUCCAGCUUAUCUACAACGUCGUCUCCCUCUUGUUCAGUUGGUUCGCUAUGGCCAACAUUUAUCUGACCUUUUACAUCUUGGCCAACUCGCUCACGAUCCCUGGAAACAGUCCAUUUGGAGACAACUCUGUGGCCAAGGUUCUGUUUGUCUUACUGCGCUACGCCUACCAGUUCCUUGUCAUCACCAUGUUUGUCCUCAGUUUGGGUAACCGACCUACUGGAUCGAGGGUGCUGUACACGGGGGCGAUGGUUUUUUUCGCGUUCUUGAUGGUGUACAUGACGUUCGCCGCUAUUUGGAUGACCAAGCUUGGAAUUCAGACAGCGAUGGCAGCAGGUGCGACCAGUUUUGGAGCAUUGAUGCAGGAUGAGACGUUCAGAGGCGUUAUUUUGUCGCUGGCUUCGACCUAUGGACUCUACCUUGCCGGAUCCAUCAUCUACUUUGAGCCCUGGCAUAUGUUUACCAGCUUCAUUCAGUACCUUGGCAUGAUGCCCAGCUUUGUGAACGUGCUGAAUGUGUAUGCGUUCUGUAACACACACGAUGUGAGUUGGGGAACCAAGGGAGAUACUAUUGAGAAUAUGGACCUAGGAGUCGCGAAAGCGUCGUCUGAUGCCAAGACGGCCGAGGUGACUGUGGAUGUGCCGACGGAGGAGAAGGAUAUCAACGCGAACUAUCAGCUUGCAUUGGACUCGAUGAUGGAGAGGACCCCUGAGGAAGUGAAGCCCCCAGAUGCAAAGACAGAACAGGAGGAUUACUACAAGGCCUUCCGUACUCGGUUGGUGUUGAUCUGGUGUGCGUCGAACGCGUUGCUUGUGAGCAUUAUUACGUAUGGAGGCGACGAAAAGAACGAUGCGUACGAUGGGCGGUCCAAGUUUUAUUUGGGCUUUGUGUUGUGGUCCGUUGCAUUCCUGUCUGCCUUCCGGUUUAUUGGAUCGAUGGUCUAUAUCAUCCUCCGCCUUAUCUCUGGCGAGCUCCGUUGGUAA